AUGGAUACUACCGAGGUCAAAAACCACGAAGAGUUCCAAGAAAUCCAAACAGAAAAACGAGAGCCCGAGGGCGAGCCCACGACAGAUGGCAAGGAUGAGCCAGACGAACUAGCCUCCAAGGUCAAGAAGGAAAAGAAGGACAAGAAAAAGAAGAAGAAGGGUGAGGCUUCAGACGAAGUUGAAGCCGAGGGAAAGAAGUCCAAGAAAGAAAAGAAGGAUAAGAAAAAGAAGAAGGAUCGCGGAGUAUCUGACGACGAGGACCAAAGGGAAGCCUCCGUCGAGCUUGGUUCUGAAGUAGCUCCCACCAAUGGUGUCAAUGGAAACGCAUCUUUGCCCUCUAUCGCCCCCGAAAAGAAGCGAAAGCGCAAAGACAAGUCACUCGAAGUCCAAGCCACACCACCGCCGACCGCGGACAAGCGACCGCCAAUCGACUCCCUUGAGAAUGGGAUACAGGAAGAGGCCGUUGUGGAACCUCAGGUCUACAAUUCUGCUGACCUGGACCCUGAGCCCCGUGGACCACCUCCGGUCAUCAAGCAAGAAGUGUCGAGAUGGGUACCUCUCUGGCCUCGGGGCUGGCAUCAACCUAUAACGGCGGCGAUCGAGCAGCACCUGACACCCAAAAUGCACCGGUACGAUAGCGAGAUUGGAGGCGUGCUUCUGAGCCAUAAGAAUGUGUGUCUCAACGACCGGCCUACUCGAGACGGCGCCGCCACAACCGAUAGCGAAUCUGUCAAACUUCUGAGCGUGAACGAGUAUGGUGUGGGCUACUGCUGGCUUAUCGCGGAGCUUGAGCUCUUUGUACCCAAGAGAGGCUCUUGGAUGGAAGGCGAACUCAUUUUGCAGAAUCAAGGCCAUGUUGGUGUAGUUUGUUGGGGCAAGUUCAAUGCCUCAAUCGAGGCUAGUCGGUUGCCGCCCAAGUGGUACUGGGUAGCGGCUCCCGAAGACGAUAAUGACGUUAACAUGGAGUUCGAUGCCGAUGGCGAGGAGUACCACAGCGCCACCGUCCUGGGCCACUGGGUCGACGAGCGCGGCACCAGGAUCCAUGGCAACCUUCGCUUCCGAAUCAACAACUAUGACGUGGGCCUUAGCGGGGACCACAGCUUCUUGUGCAUAGAAGGCACCAUGCUGAGCGCGAAGGAAGAAAACAAUCUCCGUGAGAAGGAACUCAAGAGGGCGAAUCUGGGCUCGACCGGCGGCUCUAUGCGGAGGCGGCUGCGCCAACUCCCCGAGUUCAGCAUGACAGACCUUGGGCUAGAUGCGGAUGCGAAGCCCAAAUCCAACUGGGAGCCGAAGAAGCAGAGGCGGCAGAGGAGCGAGAAGCCCUAUGAAGUGGUUGAGGCUAUGGACAUAGAUGUAGAUGAGGACGUGUACGCAAAGGCAGAGGGUGAAGCUGAUGAGGGUGCGGAGGAAGAAUAA